CACUGUUCACGCAGUCUGAAGUCAGUCGUGGCCCAGAGCAGAAAGGAUAGGGAUGCUGCGUGCUGUACUGCUUGCCGAGUGUGCCUUGGUGCUGGUGCUGCUGCUGCCGGCCGUUCCCCCCGCCAGGGCUGCUUUGGCCUGGGGAAACGCCACUGAUCCCGACCAUCCAGGGACGUGCCUCCUCAGACGUGAGGGGAUCAGACUGAAAAACGGGCAAGAGUGGUACUUCCCUGACUGCAUGGUCGUCUCCUGUUACCGUGAUGGAAAUGACAUGAUGAUUAGAUAUAUCUCGUGCGGGAAGAUAGGUGUGCCUCCGUCCUGUACUCUCAUUCGAGACCUGUCCAAGCCUUACCCGGGCUGCUGCGGCGAAGUGUCCUGCCCGAAACCCAAACAACCCUUGUUGGCCAGAUUUGACCGCAGUGCCCGCCAUGACUGACCUGCUGUGACUACUUCCCUGUGGAUCUUAGAUUUUCCACGUAUAGAGAAACUUGUCAUUGUGAUUCAAAUCAUAUUUGUCAUCCACAAGAAUUGCUAAAAGUGAAAGCUGUCUUCUGUUUUAUCUUUCUAUGUAACUUCGAAUUAUAAUCAUUGUAGUUUGUAUUAUGACUGUAAUCCACAAGAACUACUAAGUAUACGUAUAAAUAACCUAUUAAUUUCUUUAAGGUAACUUAAUUUUCAUCAAGACUGGAAGACACCCGUUAAAUAAAAGGGUGUUUCUGGG